CAAAUCGCUUAUAUAUAUACCUUAUAUAUUUACUUCUCGGCGUCUGUUACUAACAUUGGUACCUGCCCUUGCUGCCUUACGCAAUCCAUCCGAAUGUUAGGUACCUACCUAGGUAAUUGACUGAAGGUGGUGCAUGCUGGUCGUCCGAAGUGACCACUCAUCAUCUCCAGGGCGCAGUACUCAUUCACUGUAGCAGUGGCUUUCCGAGGUCUCCACAGUCACCUGGGUGGUCUAAUCAGCCGCGGCGCCUGGGUCUGACGCUGCUUCACUGACCACGCAAAAAAACAAACAUACAUUCUUUUCUUUCGAUUUCUUUGCUCUCUUUUAAUUACCGGUAAAAGAUCUUGCAGAGCAGCGCGCGCCGUCGCGUGGGUAUACAGUACCUACAUAGCUGCAUGUCGUCGAUAGACCGUCUUUGUGUUGUCGUCUGAGCGCAUAAAAAACCCCCCAACUUUGACCGAUUCGAUUCGCCUGGUCUUCAGGGCGAGGGCCCAUCCCGGCUCACAGCUUCGUCGACGAUCCGAACAUUGCGGGUAAAUUACGACGCAGAGGAGGCUUCCCCAAAAAACAAAUAAAAACACUUCCCAGCGUGGUGGAAAGAUUUACGGCGGCAUCUGAAACCUGUCUACACAUUCGAGGCGAUUUAGGGGUCGGUUGCAAGGGCAGUUGGGCACUGAUGCAACUGAACUGAGUCGUCGCAUGAGGAACACUGCAGGCGUGCAGGCGCAGCACAAAGCACUGUCGUUACCGCCAUGACGCGCCCUGAACACCCACGGGCGAGUUGCCCGUUUUGCGGCUACGAGGCUAACGAAUAUGGUGUACUUCUUCAUAUGGAACACGUCCACCCCGAGGGCGAGUCUCCCUUCGUCGCCAGGGAUAGCAACAAUAGCAGCACAGUCUCUGCAGCCGCAAACGGUGGCUUUGCUCUGGACGACACAGCCGGUAUCCAGUACGCCGAGUGUACCGUUGAUGGCUGUGGCGAGGUUGUUCGGGGUGACGAGAUGGAAUACCACGUCGAGCUCCACGCCCAGGAGGAAGGGCCCGAAGAUGGGAACGCCGUAUCCUUCAACCGGAAAGGUGGUGGCUCUCGUCCGUUAUCAAGUGCCGGAGCUCAAGCAACCGCCGCGAACCAGACUCGCAUGACACAGGUCUUGCCGCAAGAACGAAGUCAGAACGAUGAUCACGUGCCUCGGAGCCGGCGUGAGCCUCGCGAUAAUGGUAGCCGUCACCGUCAGCGGGCCGAAGAUGCCAGCAAUGAGCGACACAGCGGCGGAAGCCACCGACAGUCGUCUCUGUUGCAGUGGAUGGGCUUGAUUUCGCGCCCAUCGUCUGCUUUAUCACGCAGGCACCACGAGCGUGGCAGGAGCAAAGCGGGAAGCUCCAGUGGGCACAGCAGCAGCACCGCUACACCCGAGGCAGUGAACCACGCACCUGGAAUAGGCUCCACUACGCCACCAUUGAUGACCCCGGCUCAGGUCCAGGAGAAAAAGCGACUUGGAAAGGCAGAAUUGGGAAAAUAUGCCCACGAGCAGACCAUGCCCGCCUGGCUGGUUUCGCAUCUGCGCAAGGGGAAGGAGGUCAGAGCUGAAGGUGUACUACCGGUGCUUGAACAACUGCUUGAGCAGAGUGCCACUACGAAGUAUGCAUAUCUUUGCCACCCAGAAGUUGAGCAUGUCUCAAAACUCAAGAGAGAAGGCGGGUUUUGUGGCUAUCGAAACAUUCAAAUGAUGGUGUCUUAUAUCAAUGCUGUUUCAUUCCCAGGCCAUCAACAUUUUGACGGGCUCCCGUCUGUCUUUAGGAUACAGGAUCUAAUCGAAAAUGCAUGGGACAAGGGCAUCAACGCCCAAGGUCGGGUUGAGACAGGUGGUGUAAAGGGUACUCGGAAGUAUAUUGGCACACCCGAAGCGCAGGCUGUCUUGUGCAGCCUCGAGAUUCCCUGCGAGGCUCAAGGGUUCAAGAACCGAGAGCCCGGUAGGUCAGAAGCACGCCUGAUGCAGGAAGUUGAACGUUACUUCCAGUCUGGCGACUUUAAUCCAGAAUACAAGGUUCGGCGCACAAAAAUGCCACCAAUCUAUUUUCAGCAUGCCGGGCACUCCAUGACGAUUGUUGGCUUCGAGAAGCUUAAGAGCGGUCUCACCAAUCUUCUUGUUUUCGACCCCAUGUUCCGCGACUCCAGUGCCAUCCUUAAGCUGGUAGGCCGCCAGUUUGAGUACAAGUUCCCCGAUCUGGCUCUGAAGCCAUACCGACGGGGCAACAAGUAUCUGAAGAAGUAUCGCGAGUUUGAGCUCCUAAAACUAAAACCACCGCAGCCCGCAUAGUCUGCGUGCCCUCUCGACUGGUUCACUGGUCCGGAGUGAUGAGGCCGAGGGCGAGGCUGCACUUUGUAUUAUAUCUUUAUGACGCAUCAUUUUCUCGUUUAUGUUGGCAUCUAGCCUGGAGUCUAGGGUUGCAAUUUUCUCAUGAAGCGGUUCGGAUCACCAUAUAUUAGGCAUCGCUUGUGCAUUUCAAUGGUUGUUGUCUUGUUUGUCAAUGGGGGCGCCAAAACUUUGGUCUCCCACUAUGCGUCAUUACAAGUGGGUUACGAGUAAGAGCGUGAGAUAGCGAAGGCAUUGUGGGGGAUGAGAGUUGAGAUACCAGAUGAUAAAUUGACAAAGCCUUCCCUU